AGAAGUACGAAACUACACGAGACCCCAACUUUUUUACUUACAAGUUAGAAACACACAUUAGGAAGGAUAUGAAUGAAUAUCGCUAACAGUAAAUAUCCAAAAUAAACUUUGCAGGAAGUUUUCUAAAGAACAUAAAAUCUAAAAAUGAGUGACUGGGUGGGAUUUACUGACGCUGAUUUACGAAAAAUGAAAAGCGAUGGAAAUCGCUCAGCUGGUGCCAAAGUUGCUAAACAAUCUACAGAUAAAAGUGCUAAUGACACAGUUGAAAGCGAAGAGCCUGAGAUUUUAGAAGAUGCUGAAGUCAUCAAAAAAAAAGAGAAAAUCAAACUUGAAGACAUCCAACAGAGACAAAAACAAAUGGAGGAGAAAAAUAAAAGGAAGAAGACAAUGCUAACGAAAGCAAUUGCAGAGAGAAAAAAGAGAGCGUUUGCAGAAUCAACAAAACUUGUCAAAAUACAAGCCGAACUAACAAAGCUUGAUGGCAUGUUGAAUUAUGAUGUUUCACUUCUUAGAGAUAGAAUUGAUGAAGCUUGCGUAGAUUAUAAUCAUGCACAAAAACGCUUUGAUAAAGCAGAAGCGGAAUACAUAAGUGCAAAGAUGAAUCUUCACAAGGCAACGCAAAUGAAAGAAGAAUUGACAGAACAUCUAUUCCAUUUAAUACAAUUAAAUGAGGAAAGGAAGGCUAACAAGUUGGAAGAAUUAAUGCAGAAGCUGGAAUUGGACGAGUCUGAAGAAAUAGCUGUAGAAGCUGAAAGUUCUCAAACUGAUUCAAAGUUUUCAACAGAAUCGACUGCCGAUAAUAAUAAAGAUGUUGAAGCUGAACCCAGCAAUUCAUUACCAGAUUCAACACAAAGUCCAACUGUGAAUGAAACAAAUGAUAAUAUUGAAGUGAAACCCAAAGAAGCUGAUGAAAUAAAAUAGAUUACAGUGGACUUCUUUUAGGCGGAAUCAUAGCAAUCUGUUCGAUCGGACAAGUGCCUGCAAAGCAAUGUUCAUAUUAUGUAUCAUCAGAGCAAAUACAUUUAUACUGCAAUUGGACCUAAGACUUAAAAAGUUGUAGCAACCAUUUGUUAUUGAUAUUUCUUUUUUCUGUAUGUCGUAUAAGUCAAUUGCACUGUGCAAUUAUUGUUUAUAUAGUGAAUUUAUCAGGAAAAUAAGUUUUGUGGUCAUAUUUAUUUAUUUUUGUUUAUUUAGGUUGGUGGUUAUGUUUUGCUUUUAAAUUUUAUCAGCCCAUUGCAAUACUGAAAUUGCACUGAGUAAAGAAUCAUAGUACUUUUCUAUGUUAAAUUAUUAAUACGCAAUAUUAUGGUGCCUUAAUAAAUUUAUUACACUUUGA